UAUCGAUCGUUCAGUAACCUAAUACAAAUCUUGAGGAAUGGCGAUUUCUCCAUGGGCGAGUUGUUAUUGUUGACCAGGUUUUAAUAUUAUGAGCAGGACAAGUAAAGAGGAACAUUGGUAUCAUUGUGAAACAAAGUCUGAGUGAAUAUUUUAUUUUGAAAUAGCUAUGUGAGCUUAAUCUAAGGGAACAAAAGUUGCUGUUGUAUUGGGCCUACUGGCUGGGAUAUAUCAUUCGGUGAAAUAAUGGAAAUGCAGAGGCCCGAAGAUCGAAUAAGACAACUGCAGCAGUUAUUUGCAACUGCAGGAAAUGGAAAGAAUUCAGCUGUUGCUUGGGAAUCGCUUUUAGAUACACUUCUUGUCCUUUAUAACGAGUGUAAUUCGUCGGUUCUUCGUCGUGAAAAAAAUGUGCUGGAGUUUCUUGAGUUCGCGAGACCGGUUACAGAGAAGAUAAAAAGCCUGCUGCUUCGAAGAGAUGAAUUUGAAACCUUAAAUGUAAUUGGGAGGGGAGCCUUUGGUGAGGUUUCCCUUGUGAAGCUGAAAUCUACUGAGAGGGUCUAUGCAAUGAAAACACUGAACAAAUGGGAAAUGUUAAAACGUGCUGAGACUGCAUGUUUCAAAGAAGAAAGAGAUGUGCUUGCUUUUGGUGAUAAAAGAUGGGUCACAAAACUUCAUUAUUCUUUUCAAGACGAAAGAAAUUUGUAUUUCCUAAUGGACUACUACAGUGGUGGAGAUUUGCUGACCUUGAUAAGCAAGUACGAAGAUCAUCUUCCGGAACACAUGGCAAAAUUUUACUUAGCUGAAAUGAUACUUGCCAUAGAUUCAUUGCAUAAGAUGAGCUACGUACAUAGGGACAUCAAACCUGAUAAUGUUCUUAUUGAUGUAUCUGGGAACAUCCGCUUGGCAGAUUUUGGUUCUUGUCUAAAAAUUGGCGAUGAUGGAUAUGUCCAUUGCGCUGUUGCUGUUGGGACUCCCGAUUACAUUUCCCCAGAAAUUCUUCAGGCCAUGGAGGAAGGCAAGGGGCGAUAUGGACGCGAAUGUGAUUGGUGGUCGCUUGGUAUUUGUAUGUACGAAAUGCUGUAUGGGGAAACACCUUUUUAUGCAGAAUCGCUGGUAGAGACUUACGGGAAGAUCAUGGACCAUAAGACAAAGUUUCAAUUCCCUGACGAUUAUGAUAUCUCAGAUGACGCGAAAAACCUUAUGAAGAAACUUGUUUGUGUAUCUUCAGAGAGACUAGGGAACAAUGGCGUGGAUGAUUUCCGUCCGCAUUCUUUUUUUGAAGGAAUUGAUUGGGAAAACAUUCUAGAAAGUACCCCGCCUUACAUGCCAGAAGUCAGUAGCCCCACUGAUGUUUCAAACUUUGAUGUAGACGAUCUAAUGGAGCCCAGGGCUGCGGAAUCAGCCCCGCCGCCGACCCAUCAAGCAUUUACCGGCCAUCACCUCCCAUUUAUUGGAUUCACAUAUUUUGGAGAGAGGAGCACGGAUUUACAGAUAUCUCAAAUAAGAUCACCAGAGGCAGUAAGGCAUGAUCCGGAGGGCGCUCCUUCAAUGAAUGAUCGUUAUGGCGAUAGUUCAAAUCAAGAAAAGAAAAUAACCGAACUUGAAAGGCAGAAAGCCGAUCUAAACAGAAAACUGCGAGCUGCAGAAUCUGCUAGAAUCAACCUAGAACUUAAAUUUUCGUCAAAUACAACUCCAGAUUCUGUUAAGAAGUUAGAACAUGAAAUAAAUGCCUUAAAGAGGAAGUUAACUGAAUCUGACGAGAAACAAGAGAAAGCGGAAAAGGAAAUCAAGGAGAUUGGCAGAGCGAGGAAAGAACUCGAUGUCCAAAGAGAUGAACUGAGCGUGCGAAUUCGUGAACUCGAAAAGGCCAACAAAACUUUGUCGUUGGAAAAGAAUGGUUUGGAAAACGAACUUUCAUCGUUUAGAGAUAAAGCGUCUUCAUUUCAAAAAGAGUUGAAGGAUAUUCAUGCUCAAAGGAAAACAACAAUGGGUGAAUUCAGCGAACUGAAUGAUAAACUAGCGGAAGUUCGGUCUCACAAGCUCAAAUUAACACGCUUAGUCCACGAGAAGGAAGAGGAAAUAGAGAACAUGUUGAACAAAAAUGACCAGACUAGACAAGAACUGCGAGGGUCAGAAAAGAAAAGACGAGAGCUGAUAGCCCAAGUGGAAGAGAUUCAAGCCGAUCUUCACAAGGAACAAAAAUUGAGGGCAAAAAGUGAACAGCAAGUGCAAAAGCUACAGGAGUCUUUGGAUAACGUUCAGAGUCAGCAUUUUGGUGGUAGAAGUGCUGUGAGUACUAACGGAGGGCCUGAUGUAGAAAGGGAACUCGAGCGCCUGAGAGGGGAGUUAGAUAUGGUUAAAGACGAACAGGAAGGGACGAUAACAAAAGAAAGAGUGAAAUUCUCUAAAGAAAUUAAGGAACUGAAAGCACGUCUAGCGGAGAGCGAAAGCAACGCUGAGUCAUGGAAGACUGAGGUUUCAAGCUUAAAAGCAAAACUUGACUCUAUCAUGGAAGAAAGUUCCAACCAUGAUCAAGAAUAUAUUGCUGAACUCCGCAAACAAAGCGACAGAGAUAGAGCUCUGUUAAUGGAAGAAAACCGGAAGCUGACAGCAGAAAUGGAACGGCUAAUGUUAAACUCGGACAAAGGAAAUGCCAGGGUCAAGCAGCUUGAAGAGGAGCUGAGAGAUUUCGCUGAAAAGAGAGAAGCAGUCACUCACUGGGAAGAGCAAAUCGCUGAAAUAAUUCAAUGGGUGAGCGACGAGAAAGAUGCUCGAGGCUACUUGCAGGCUCUUGCAUCAAAGAUGUCAGAGGAACUUGAACAUUUAAAGGUUUCGGGAUUAGCAAGUGGCCCUGCAGCUGCCAAAAACUGGCAAACUAGGCGAUCGCAGAGAAUGGACAAACAGGAGCUGCUAUCUUUACAAGCAAACUUAAAAAUGGAAGUACAAGCAAAGAACCACCUGAGUGAGGAGCUGAAUAAAGUCAAAAUGGCUCGCCUUGAAGCGGAAAGAAAACUCACAGAAACGGAGUCAGAUUUUUCAUCCAUAAAAGCAGAGGUUGAAAAGUUGAAAUCUGAGAAUGAAAGUUUGAAAGCAAGAGGAACACAAGGAAAUCUGCCCUUCUUGAACUUCUUUCAAAAUUCUGGUGAUGCCAGUUUUGAUCUGUCAGUGGACAAUGAGACUGAUGAUUCCUUUGAAUCCAUAUCCCGAACAAGCAGCACCAGUGUUUCCAAGAAUGUGCCAGUUUCACAGAGUACCACCUCACCGCCCGCCGCAGCACAGCCUGAGAGAGCUAUGACGUCAGUCAGCCCAGCUGGAGCUCCUCGAAAAGUUCACAAAUUUGUUGCGAAGACAUACCCAUCUCCUACCAAGUGCCAUCAUUGCAUGUCUGUUAUGUUUGGACACGUCAGACAAGGAAUGAUCUGCGACGCCUGUGGGUAUUCAAGUCACGUUGGAUGCACGAUAGAAGCACCUCAGACGUGUCCUGUGCCGCAAAAUCUCUUAUCAAAUAGGCCUCUUGGCAUCGAUCCCAAGAAAGGAACAGGCACUGCAUAUGAAGGUUUCGUAAGGGUGCCAAAGCCAGGUGGAGUAAAACGAGGCUGGAUGAAAGCCUUCGCAGUAGUCUGUGAUUUCAAAAUCGUUUUCUAUGACGUCAGCGGUGUCUCCCAGAUUUCGAAUACAAUGCUACAAGUUGUUGACAUGAGGGAUGAGGAAUUCUCGGUCAGUACUGUGGCAAAGUCUGAUGUUAUCCAUGCUAACGAGCGUGAUGUACCAUGCAUAUUCAAGAUAACCAUCUCCGAGUUGAAUCAACCAGAAACGAUUUGUAGUCAACUGUUGCUAGCAGAAAAUGAGCAAAGUGCAAGGAAAUGGGUUUCUUUGUUGCAUGAACUGAAAAAAGUUCUAGACAAAACUGAAGUUGAUGAACCGAAGCAUAAAUACCACAUCAGGGAAGUCUGCGAUGCAACUGACCAUGCGGUUGUCAAAAUGACACAAUGCGCAGCCAUUGUUGAUUCUGCAAAAAUUGUUUUUGGAACGGAAGAGGGUCUAUUUUCAUUAGAUCUAACUGCGAAACAGGAUGCUGUUUCAAAAAUCGGGGAUGCACGAAAGGUUUUCCAAGUCGAGGUGAUAUCAGACGAGCAGCUAGUUGUAGUUAUUUCGGGAAGAGGCAGACAUGUGAGACUCUACCCGUUAGUCCUGGUAUCUGGGCAUCAUGAUUUAGAGCCUAUCAAAAUAGCAGAAACGAAAGGCGCCGUUCAGUUUGCGACGGGCAGCUUCCGCCAAGGCAGUGCCACUUGCAUGUGCGUGACUACGAAAAAGCACGUCUUUUUAUAUGAACUGAACAGAACUAAGGAGAGACGCAGGAAGUUCAAGGAUUUCCCUCUAACUGUAUCGGCGCAAUGGGCUGCUGUUUCGGAUGGGAGAGUUCUCCUAGGCUACCCGUCUGGGUUUUCAAUGCUCGACAUACACAACAACAACGCGCAGCUUCAAAAACUGAUCAAUCCUGAGGACCAGACCCUGAGUUUCAUCACGACGAUGAAUUCCGAUGCCCUGUUGGCAGUUGAAGUAAAACAAAACGAAUUCCUGCUCUGUUUUGCGGAACUCGCCUUUUAUGUAAACGAAAAAGGUUUCCGAUCAAGGCAAACGGAAAUUGCAUGGCCAACACCAAUAACACAUUUAGCCUUCUCUGCACCUCAUGUUGUCGUGUACAGUGAAAGGGGGAUUGACAUUUUCAAUGCGUCAACAGCAGAGUGGUUGCAGACAUUAUCAAUAAGAAGGUGUCAGCCACUUUGCCGAAGUGGAUCCCUAAACAUCUGUUCUGGUUUUGACCAACUGUCGAUUCUCUACUUAAGAAACAUCGAGUCAGAGUCCCAAGAACUGUCGAUCUAUUCAAGCAAAGGAAAACGAGCAGUAUCACGGUUUUUGAAGAUGAAGAAAAAGAAAGGAGCUUGGAAUAAGCGAGAGAGUUUCAGAACCGAAGAAGCUGAUAUGAAAGAAAAACUGAUUUCAUUACCAUCGAAUUUCACUCAUGUGACUCAUAUGGGUCCUGGAGAUGGCAAAAUGAUCUUAAAAGACUUGCCAGAGGUAAAAGAGCAAGCACAGAACAGCCCCAUUGGCAGAGCAUAUCGAUCGUUUUCACAAGGCCCACGGGCGAGAAAACCACAGCAACAACCACCAGCUCCUGCUGUGAAUAGAGGAGCAGGCCAGGCUGGUGCCGCUAGGCCAUACAGCGUCGCGUAUCAACAAACGGAUGCAACGGAUUACGAUAAAGAUGGUCCUUUGCGGCAAAGAUCACUCUCUGCUGAAGGAAUGGAGAAUCCUGAGAGUUUUAGUAAGAUUAUAACGACACUGAGACCGAAGACGACAGGGGAGGAACAGAGACAGCUGAGAGUGGCGUUAGAGCUGAGUCGAAAGCAACAAGGUUACGAAACAAGAUUCCGGAACGAAGUUGAUUCAACAUCGACGGGCUCGAGAAGCUCCGAGCAAAGUUCAUCCUAUUCUGACAGGUGAAAUAUAACUAGUAAAUAAAGCGAUUAACUCGAUCGAAUUUAUCCCCUUUCUGGCUAUUAAAUCAACGCCAUGUUUACCUGAAAUUAGAGUAGUUCAUAAUGGCUCGUGGGAGAAUGACAAGAGAACUGUUCGACAAUUGUCUUUGCGCUCAAAUUAUUGUAAUAUUUGUAUGGUUAUAUAUUUUAUGUAAUUAGUGUGUUACUUCUUUACAAUGAUUUUGAAAGACUCGGUGUGAUUAGAAAACGUUGGUAUAUAGAAAGCUGAUAAUCAAUAAUGAGGUUCUGCCAGCCCAGGAAGCUAAUAGAUACUGACUGAUCGUUGGUCGGGUGUUUAACCAUAUGAUGGUUGACAGUAGCUUUAGCAGUAUUUAGAAAUGAACUCGUUGAUUUCCUUGCUGUCCUAAGACAUCUUCCAUAAGGUUAUUUUCCACCUAUCCAUAAUAACAACGUCAAGUUUUGUUCCUUUUAGAGGCACACCAUGUUUAUCUAGAGUGUUAAUCUUCUUUUCAAAAUGUAUUCGUUAUUACUUUUACAAAUAGCGUCCACGAGUAAUGAGUAAUUUUUUUAUACCACGAGGUUUAGUAUUCGACAGUGAUCGAUUUUUUUAUAUUUCCUAGCUCAUUGUAUCUUAAGUUUUAUCGUUAUAUUAACAGUUUAAGAUUGUGAAGUACGGUCUCGUAAAGGACUUGUCACAAAUAUUUGCAAGUUAUCAUUCUUCAGAGGGGUAAAUCGAUUUUAUGGCGAAAUAUAUUUAAAA